GUCCCCUCCGGCGGCACCUUCAGCCACCCCACGAGCCAGCACCCUCAGACCUUGGCCCCGCUGGCCGUGCAAGCCCCCCCGCAGGUCUUGACUCAGGAAAACUUAGCAACAGUUGUGACAGGAGUAAUGGUUCCAGCAGGGACAGUUACUCAACCUCUUCUUAUCCCCAUCAGUAUUGCAGGUCAAGUGGCAGGUCAGCAGGGGCUGGCUGUGUGGACAUUUCCUACAGCAACGGUCGCUGCCCUUCCCGGAUUGACGGCGGCUUCUCCUACAGGGGGAAUUUUCAAACCACCUAUAGCCAAUUUGCAAGGUAACUGGUGCUCUUCUGAUUUGCAGCCUCCUUAUGCUAAAGGUGGCAGGAGUGUGCAGCCCAUCCAGCCAGCCCCAGCUCUCUCCCAGCCGGCCGUGGUGAUGACAAACCCUGCCCCGGUGGCCAAGGCCUCCUCCGUGCCCGUCCCCAUCACCUGCACCGAGACCCCCACCGUCAGCCAGCUGGUCUCCAAGCCCCCAGCUCCCAACAGCAGCGCGGAGGAGGACGGGAUCAACCUGGAGGAGAUCCGGGAGUUCGCCAAGAACUUCAAGAUCCGCCGCUUGUCCCUGGGGCUGACGCAGACGCAGGUGGGACAGGCCCUGACGGCCACCGAGGGACCUGCCUACAGCCAGUCGGCCAUCUGCAGGUUCGAGAAGUUGGACAUCACCCCCAAGAGCGCCCAGAAGCUGAAACCGGUGCUGGAGAAGUGGUUGAGCGAAGCCGAGCUCCGCAACCAGGAAGGGCAGCAAAACCUGAUGGAAUUCGUGGGGGGGGAGCCCUCGAAGAAGAGGAAGCGCCGGACCUCCUUCACCCCCCAGGCCAUCGAGGCCCUCAACGCCUACUUCGAGAAGAACGCCCUGCCCACGGGCCAGGAGAUCACCGAGAUCGCCAAGGAGCUCAACUACGACCGCGAAGUCGUUCGCGUCUGGUUCUGCAACCGCCGCCAGACCCUCAAGAACACCAGUAAACUCAACGUCUUUCAGAUCCCCUAA